GCUAGUAGCUUUACACGUAGUUGCCAGCAUGGCGCCUGUAAACGUUCGUCUGAAUCCCGUUGGGGUUGUAAUUUUUGUAAUUGGUCUUAUUCUUAGUUUGUUUUACUUAUUUGGAAUGCCUGACUUGUUUCGCAGAGAACAAAGAGUUAGCAUGAAAGAGCUUUUAGCUGUAAGCAUAGGACUAGCUGAAAAAGGAGGAGACAGAGUCAAGGCGAUACACGACUCAAAGCAACUGAAUGAAGCUGUCAAAGGAAAGACCAAAGAAGGUGUCGAUGAAAUGUUGACAAGCGGUGAUUUAGAAUCCCACAAAGCUAUAUUUUAUGGAUUUUCAAAGAUGUACCCGAGCAUAAAGGUGAUCUCUGAAGAGCACGACAUGAAACCUGUCGACUUCAACCAAAUCACCGGGGUUGAAACAAAGCGGCAAGAAGUUGAGGAUGUUAUCAAGAGUGAUCAGUCAAUUCCUAUCAGCCGGAUAGCAAUAUGGAUUGACCCACUAGAUGCGACGAAGGAGUAUACAGAGGACCUUUUACAAUAUGUGACAACUAUGGUAUGCGUGGUGGUGGACGGAGAGCCCAAGAUUGGUGUGAUCAACAGACCUUUUGAAAAAGAAACGAUUUGGGCGUGGGACGGCUAUGGUCAUUCAAAGUCCCUGGUUCAGGGAACACAGAAGAGCGGGGAGGAGCAUAGCUUCAUCGUGUCUCGGAGCCACGCGGGCGACGUGAUCAAGGUGGCGGAGGAGGCGCUCGGCAAGAACGUCAAGAUUAUCGAAGCAGGGGGAGCAGGAUACAAAACGUUGGAGGUGAUUAAAGGCUCCGUGAAUGCUUACACCCACAUCACGCGGAUCAAAAAGUGGGACAUUUGUGCAGGCAACGCAAUUUUGAAUGCCGUAGGAGGGAAGAUGACCACCUUAGACGGAGAUUACAUCGACUACUCACCUCUUCAGGAUAUGAAAAAUGAACGAGGGCUCCUGGCGACGGUGAACACGAAGCUGCACUACAACUACCUUGAGACGUUUGGAACCAAAGCCAAAGAGGCGAUGGACGACAAAUCCAAAGACAGCGGUCAUCACUGAGCAGAAAUAGGUCUUACAUGUUGCGAGUUUGAGUGUGUGUACAGAAUAAGGUCAAGUGACAUGCUUGCGUGUGUGAAGUGGAUGAUGUUCCGUGCUUGUGUGUGUGAAGUGGAUGAUGUUUCUUGCUUGUGCGUGUGUAUAUAAGUAGGUCAUGUUACCGUACGUGCUUGGGUGUGUAAAAUUGUCACGUGUUUGGUGUGUAAAAUUGUUGUAUGCUUGCAUGUGUGAAAUGAUUACAUGCUUUUGUGUGUAAGUGGGUAGCUGGUGUACAUGCAUGUCCGUAAGUUUUUUGUUGAUUCCAAUGUGAGACCAGACUUUCCAUAGCAUAAUGUGUCACUUGUGGAAAUCCAGAAAAACAGGCGUGUAUCUCAAGUG